CUAUCUGCAGCCACCCAGUCGUUGCAAUAUUAGAGACCUACGAUCUUAUAUUCGUCUACCCGAUACCGUGGAUUCGGCAACCUCGUUUGCAAGUUGUCUCGCUCGCUUCUGCUCAUCGUCGCGUGUACAAAUUAAGAAGCAGACUCUCCGGCGGUGUUGAAAUACACCGUCAAGAACAAUCAGAACGACCCCUUACAUCCAGGCAGUGAUGAACCAGGGACGGUUAUUGUAUUCACAUAAGGAGCACGCCUGCUCCAACUUACCCGAUCCUUGAUGUAUCUAGGCCUAAUAUUUCUUAUUGACAAGCGUCCUCUUACGCAACUCUAUUUCUCAUCUCUUAGUCCUUAUUGUUGCCAUGUCUUCUCGGCUUCGCGGCGUGGAUACUUUCGAUCUUGAGGAUGAUCAAGAACAGCUACAUGGGACACCAUCUUGUCCCUCUAGCCCAGCACAGCAAGCUCUAACACGUGUGUAUCAACAGGACCAAAGGCAACGUAAAAAUGGCCAAAGAGCGCCUGAGCAACUCAUGGACCUGUCAACGAAAGGGAAGCCUCGGUUGCUCUUGAUGGGACAGAGAAGGAGUGGCAAGUCGUCAAUAUCUAGUGUGGUAUUUCAUAAGUUGCCCCCUAGCGAGACGCUAUUUCUCGAAUCCACAGCUCGCAUCCAGAAGGAUACUAUGCCUUCUUUCAUGGAUUUCCAAGUGUGGGAUUUUCCUGGCCAAAUUGAUAUCUUUGACAACCCAACUUUUGACAUCGACGCUAUGUUUGGUGAAAUUGGAGCUUUGAUUUGGGUCAUUGAUGCUCAGGAUGAUUACCUAGAGGCUGUAGCACGGUUGAACAUUACAAUACUAAACCUCCAGCGAACGUACCCAAACAUCAAGAUUGAAGUCUUCAUUCAUAAAGUGGACGGCUUAUCAGACGACUAUAAGCUGGAUAUACAACGGGAUAUCACAAUACGAAUCCAAGACGAACUUUCGGACCACGGUUUCGAGAACGCUCCCGUCACGUUCCACUUGACAAGCAUCUAUAACCAUAGCAUCUUCGAAGCGUUUAGUAAGGUCAUCCAGAAGCUCAUCCCUCGACUAGGAAUACUUGAAGCGAUGCUUACGAACCUGUGCCGAACAUGCCGCUUCGAGAAGGCGUAUCUCUUUGAUGUUUUGUCCAAGAUAUACAUUGCCACUGACAGUGAGCCGGCGGACAUGGCAAGUUACGAGAUCUGUUCCGAUUACAUCGACGUCAUAAUAGACGUCACGGAAGUCUAUGGUAGCUGGCCUCGAAGCCAGAGGUAUCGCGAAGGUCUAGAGGGGGCCCCGUGGAACCAGAAGAUAGAAGACCAGGUCGCGUCGGUCUCCGCCGAGAGCUGUAUGGUGCUGAGCGAUGGGAACAAACCCAUAAUUCUACGCGAGGUUGAUAAGUACCUCGCGUUGGUAGCCAUCAUGAAGGAAGAUAGCUACGAUAAAAUGCCGCUGGUGAAUAUGAAUGUUGAGGUUGUCGUGCAAGGAGUGAAGGAGUUUUUUGAGAUCACGAAGCCCAAAUAGGUGGUAAUCCAACCCUUUCUAUCUAAGGAUGAGGGGUAUGGUUUGACGGGGCAUGGCUUGGUGUAGAAUGAGUUUAAUGGCUAGAACUGAUGAGGUGGUGAUCAACACAAACGUUGCAAAGCAGUCUCGGGCUGGAUUAUCCUACUGUGACUGUCUGGU